UGUCAAUUUGCUUUCGUCCAUGGAGCAUUUCUCUAUGCUCCAUGCUUUCGUCUUUCAGUUGCACGUGGACUGAGAAACUCAAAUAGUUUAAAUUUAAUUUUCAUGUGAUAAAAUAAACUUACAACGAUGUCGAAGAAAAUAAAACAUUUAGUUGUGGAUACGAACGCUUUUAUCAAAGCGGCUAAUUUACAGGAUAUCGCGGAAUCUAUAUACACAAUUCAAGAAGUUGUCGAUGAAAUUACUAAUGAUAGGCAGCGGCGAAAACUCGUGGUGUUACCUUACGAUUUGAAAGUUAAAGAUGUUUUCACGGAAAACAUUAAGUUUGUCACGGAUUUUUCGAAGAAAACUGGUGAUUAUACGAGUCUUUCGGCCACUGAUAUUAAAGUGAUAGCGUUGACAUAUCAAUUGGAGAAAGAAAUUAUCGGAUCAGAGCACCUGAAAACGGAUCCUACAAUGCAGAAGACCGUCAAAGUAUAUGGCGUACGCGACUCUAACACUAACACAACAAAUGACACAGUUCAAAAAGAAAAUCCCACAAACCCUACUACCGAUUGUAAGGUAGAAAACAGAGAAAAUAUCAGAGACAACACAGAUGAAACAGCAUCUAAUACAGAGGAAUCUAAUGAUAACAAUAUCAACGAAAAACCACAUGUGGAAGACAAUGAAAAUGACAUCAAUAACGUACUAGAUGAGGAAAUUGCAGAACAAAUAAAGAACAUGGACUUAAGAGAUGACAAAGAAGCGGACGAGUGUAUUGUAAAAGUAUCUGACGAAGAGUCUGACAGUGAAGAAAGUGAGACAGAGUCUGAUGACAGUGACGGAGGAGAAUGGAUCACACCUAGUAAUUAUAAAGAGAAGCAAAAAGAGAUAGAGCAAGGUGUGUUUGAGGAUAAAAAUGUUGAAGUAGCUUGCAUAACAUCAGACUUUGCUAUGCAAAAUGUACUGAAACAAAUUGGUUUAAACGUAACAUCGAGUGAUGGCAGAGUUAUUAAACAAAUCAGGACGUUUAUUUUCCGUUGCACUACUUGUUUCAAAACUACUAGUGUCAUGACCAAACUGUUUUGCCCCAAAUGUGGACAUGCGACGCUUAAAAAGGUAGCAGUAAGUGUAGAUGACGAGGGCAACCAACAUAUUCACAUUAACGGCAGAAAACCUCUGACAGCAAGAGGUAAAAGAUUCAGUUUACCCACUCCAAGAGGAGGACAGCAUUUCCAAUAUCCUAUACAAACCGAAGACCAACACAUACACAAGAGAUUUGCUACAAAAAUAGGUAGAAAUAAAACAAAUGCUCUUGAUCCGGAUUACACAGCGGGAUUUUCACCUUUUGUUAUGAGAGAUGUCAACUCAAAAUCUGCAGUUUUAGGUGUUCGGGCCAAUAGACAAGAUAUCAAGUACAUGAUGAAACAUUAUUCUAAGGGAAAGAAAAAAUGAUAUACUUUUGUAUUAAAAUUUGUAAAAUAUAUAUUAUCACAUAAGUAGUAACAUUUGUCUCACAAAGAAUAAAAUGGCACUGUAUAAAUACCAACUUUUGUGCUUUAAAUUAAAUUUAUAAUUAUUA